AUGAUGACGUAACCAGGAAGUAGCAGCAGCUUUCGACGAAAUCCAAAUCAUCGGCAGAAGAUGAGUCGCAUUUAUGACAACACUGCGCUAUUAAACAAACCUGUCCAUAAUGAGAAAUUCUCCUCCACAUGGGAUCCAUUAGUUCACCAGAGUGGUCAUGGUGUCAUUUUAGAGGGGGCGGUCGUGGAAAUGUCACGCCAUGUCAUAACAGAUGUGAACAACAGAAAGGAGCGCUACAAUGUUUUGUAUGUCAAACCAAGCAAAAUCCAUCGCAGAAAAUAUGAUUCAAAAGGAAAUGAGAUUGAACCUAACUUCAGUGAUACAAGAAAGGUCAACACAGGAUAUCUGAUGUCAUCCUUCAAAGUGGAGGCUAAGGGUGAAACAGAUUGUCUAAAUGAGCGCCAACUGAGUGACAUUGUGAAUAAGGAUCAGCUGGUUAAAGUAACAGCAAAACAUUGUCCUAGUCAGGCCUUUGCAUUCUGGAUCUCAGAAGCAGAGAUGGACAGAACAGAGCUCGAGUCAGGCCAAGAAAUCCGUCUUAAAACGAAAGGAGACGGGCCCUUUAUUUUUUCCUUCGCCAAACUGGACAGUGGUACAGUGACGAAAUGCAACUUUGCAGGAGAUGAGAACGCUGGAGCAUCGUGGACAGAGAAAAUAAUGGCUAACAAAGCAGAUCAGGAAAAUGCAGGGAAGAGUGGCGGUCAGGGCGAGGGAGCAGACGAUGAAGAAUGGGAUGACUGAAUGACACCAUUGAGCUUCAAGGAUUGCAUCACGGUGCCUUAUCUGUCCUCCAAAUGUAUAUUUACGGCUACACCACAAAACAAGACCUAACUGUCAGUAUUCAUAUAUUAUCACAUGAAAGUAUCAUAAACAGCAAAAGUGCCAUUGUAAAUGAAGACUUUUAUAUAUUAUAAUGUACUUAAGUAUUUUAUGUGUGUAUUAAAGAUAUAUCCUAAAGAUCAUUAAGCACUGUAAAUUGAAAACAGUUGUACUAUAUCAUAUUUAGAGAUGCAGCAAUAUUACAAUUAUGCCUGAUAGCCAAUUAAUGUCAUUAUUUUAAAACAAUAAAAACUACUCAAAUUAAUUGUAUUAAAUGCUACAAUUGAAUUUAGGCAUCACAACAUUAUGUACAGUAUAAAAGUGUAUAUUUCUUUUGAGAUUUCCUAAAGAUUACAUAAAUGACCGUUUAAACGGCAGCAAAGGUUAUCUAAAUGUAAAACAUGUACAAUGAAAUAUCUAAUAUAGACAAUCUGAUAUAUUGU